AUGGUCUCCCGGUUGAUUCUUAAUCUCCGACAUGCAGGGUCUGUAAGAGAAAUUAGAAUGGAGAGUUCCCGCCAGCCUGACGGGAGGUGGACAUACGAGGUUUAUGAUGGAAGGCCAGAGACGGAAGUCGACAACAUCAGCGACCUUUUUACCGCUCGAAGAAGCGCUGUGGCAUCCAAUGCCUCUCUCAACGCUGCAAAGGUGAAUUUUGAGAGAUAUCAGAGAAAAGCAGUCUACAAGCAGUCUACGUUUGAGGCAAGCCGCAAGGUUGCCAUUUUUGAGCGUGUCAAGUCAGCGAAGGUCGUAGCCAAGCAAUUGCCCAAAAACGAGGAAUUCGUGGAUGAAAACGGAGUCAGGACUACCAUUGAAUAUGCUUUCAACGAGGAAGGAAAGAUUGUCAAAACUACCCGACGAACAAAACGCACCCUCCAAAAGUCUGUGGUUGAUCAUGCUGUCGCCGAAAGGCAGAAGUGGGCGAAGUUUGGGUUGGAGAAAAACAACAAACCAGGGCCAGAUAGGGCGACAACAACCGUUGGAGAAAACGUUGUUUUGAAGUUGAGCGCCGGAAACAAACAUGCGGAAACUGAACAGGCUCCGGAAGAAGCUAUGAAGAAUAAGGUCAAGGCCGCCGGAGCUGGAAAAGUCUCCUGUCGUCUGUGCAAAGGAGACCAUUUCACGGCCAAGUGUCCUUACAAAGAUACUUUGGGUGGUCUUGAAAACACUGAUACUGGAGCGGGCCCAGACGACGAUACAGGAGCGGGUCCCGACAUCUCAGCACCAGCAGCCGUUGGAGGUAAAUACGUCCCUCCCUCAAUGCGUGGUGCAGCCGGUGGUGCCCGUGGACCGGGAGAAUCAAUGCGUGGCGCAGGAGGCAACCGUGACGACCUUCCUACCUUGCGUGUUACCAACAUCUCAGAAGAUACCCAAGAGAACGAUUUGCGAGAAUUGUUCGGUGUGUUUGGUAGAGUCGCGAGGGUGUACGUUGGAAGAGACAGGGAGACUGGUGCCGGAAAAGGAUUUGCGUUCGUUAGUUUCGAAGACAAGGCAAAUGCCCAGAAGGCCAUCGACAAGGUACACGGACGUGGAUACGACAAUCUUAUUCUCAGUGUCCAGUGGAGUCAACCCCGACCAGAUGGGAGAUAA